AUGGCGAUUGUCAAGGACAAUUAUCACUCAAUGGAAGAACUCCAAGACGGGCUCCGCGCCGCUGGUCUGGAGUCUUCGAACCUCAUAAUCGGCGUGGACUUCACAAAAAGUAACACGUGGACCGGGAAGAACAGUUUCAAGGGGUACUGCCUGCACUCUAUAUUUGAGAACGGAAUGAACCCAUAUCAAAGGGUCAUUGACAUCAUCGGAAGAACAAUGGAACCAUUCGACGAUGAUAAUUUGAUUCCUGUUUACGGAUUUGGAGAUGUCAACACCACAGAUAAGUCUGUGUUCUCGUUCAAAGUGAACGACCAACCAUGUAACGGGUUUCAGGAGGUCCUGCAGCGAUACAACGAAAUCACACCAAACGUCAGGAUGAGUGGACCAACCAACUUUGCGCCACUCAUCAACAAAGCGGUUCAAAUUGUUCAACAAACGAAACAAUAUCACAUCCUCCUCAUCAUCGCCGAUGGGCAGGUCGACGCCGAAAGAGCAACAAAAACGGCCAUAGAAAACGCAUCAAAUUACCCGUUGUCUAUUGUGACAAUCGGUGUGGGAGAUGGUCCUUUUGAUAAGAUGGAAGACUUCGAUGAUAAACUCGGUGGAAGCAAAUUUGACAAUUUUAAUUUCGUCAACUUCAACAAAGUUGUUUGUGGUCCACGUGUAGAAAACCCAGACAUUGCAUUUGCCACCGCCGCGAUGAACGAAGUCCCAACGCAGUAUUUGUUGUGCAAGAAGUUGGGGUAUUUAAAUUGA